AUGAAUGCAGCUGCAGUUUUAAGUUUUCUCUGGAACGCUGCCUUAAUAAAUCUGGGAAAAAUGAAAUUGACUCCAUUUUAUGUUUUGGUUAGUUUGCUGUCCCUUUCAUCAGCUGUAGUUAGAUAUGAUAAUUAUACAUUGUAUAAAAUAUUUCCUAAAUCUUCUGACGAACUUAAAGUUCUUCAAAACUUACAACGGUCUAAGGAGUAUAAAUUGGAUUUCUGGAGGGAUCCAUACAGAGUAGGAAUACCUAUUAGUGUACUGGUUUCGCCAGAAGAAAAAUAUAAUUUUGAAAAUAUCAUUAGUAGAAGUAAUGUAGAGUUUCAAGUUCUAAAUAGCAAUAUUCAAGAACAAAUAGAUGAAGAAUCUAGAUUAAAUAGGCUUCGGAGUAUACAGCAAGGUAAUUUGACAUGGGACAGAUACUAUGAUUUGGAACAUGAUCGUAUGUGGAGAAAAACGCGUAGUGACUAUGGUACAGGCUGUAAAGGUACCGAUGCUAACCGUAACUGGGGAUACAAAUGGAAUGAGUUAGGAGCAACUAACAAUCCGUGUGACCGUUUAUAUGCUGGACCUUCUGCUUUCUCUGAGAUUGAAACUAAAAGUUUAUCUGAAUAUAUGAGCAAGGUAGCAAAUGAAAUACUACUUUAUAUAUCAUUUCAUUCAUAUGGGCAAUAUAUUCUAUUACCUUACGGUCACACUAGGGAUCAUUUGGAUAACUACGAUGGAGCUAUAACGACGUAA